AAAGCCUUCCGUUUCCUCAUAGCUCCCGUCCAAGCUACUCUCACUUGAGGUUCCUCAGCAAUUUUUCUCUCUCUAACAACAAGAACACAAAUUAUCCUCCUCUAACUAUCCCUCACUCUCUGUCUCUGAAGAUUUGUUGAGUGCUUAAAACUUUAAAGGACUUUGGAGAUGUGCAAGGGUUCCAAAGAUAAACUCAGCCCCUCAAAUUUUAUCAUGGAAAGCGAAUUCCAGAAGCAGAAAUCGGUUUUGGUCGAAUUGUCCGCCUCGGACAAUCUCGAUGCUUUCAGGACUGAAGUAGAAGAGAAGGGUUUCCAUGUUGACGAGGCUGGCUUUUGGUAUGGAAGAAGAAUCGGGUCAAAGCAGAUGGGGUUCGAAGAGAGGACGCCGCUUAUGAUUGCUGCCAUGUUUGGUAGCACUAAGGUUUUGAAGUAUAUAAUUGAGUCUGGCAUGGUUGAUGUCAACAGGUCCUGCGGUUCAGAUAGGGUCACUGCCCUUCACUGUGCCGCCGCUGGCGGUUCCACUGCUUCGCUUGAGGUUGUCAAGCUCUUGCUUGAUGCUUCCGCUGAUGCUAAUUGCGUCAAUGCCUACGGAAACAUGCCCGUUGACUUGAUUGCCCCGGCUUUGAAGUCGCCCUGCAGCUCAAGAAGGAAGGCCAUGGAGAUGCUGUUGAGAGGUGAUAAGUCGGUUAUGGAAAGCGAUCAGAUUGCUAUCGAAGAGGGAGACCAACAGAAGGUUUCGAGCCCCCAGAUGCCGAAGGAGGGAAGUGAUAAGAAAGAAUAUCCUAUUGAUAUUUCAUUGCCUGAUAUCAACAAUGGGAUAUAUGGUACAGAUGAGUUCAGAAUGUUCACUUUUAAGGUGAAGCCGUGCUCGAGGGCCUACUCUCAUGACUGGACAGAGUGCCCUUUUGUUCAUCCAGGCGAAAACGCAAGGAGGAGAGACCCAAAAAAGUACCCAUACAGCUGUGUUCCCUGCCCCGAGUUCCGCAAAGGAUCGUGCCAGAAGGGAGAUGCUUGCGAGUAUGCUCAUGGUGUCUUUGAGUCCUGGCUUCAUCCUGCUCAAUAUCGAACCCGCCUUUGCAAAGAUGAAACCGGUUGCACAAGGAAAGUGUGCUUCUUUGCUCACAGACCUGAAGAACUACGCCCGGUGUAUGCUUCUACGGGUUCAGCCAUGCCUUCACCAAGGUCCAUGUCAGUCAGUGCUGCAGAUAUGGCAACCUUGAGCCCGUUAGCUCUAGGUUCAUCAGCUAUGUCUAUGCCAAUUACAUCAACACCGCCCAUGUCUCCACUGGCAGCCGCUUCGUCUCCUAAAAAUGGAGGUUUGUGGCAGAACAAAGUUAACCUCACCCCGCCUACCUUGCAGCUUCCCGGUAGCAGGCUAAAGAGCGCGUGUAGUGCCCGAGAUUUGGAGUUGGAGAUGGAAUUGCUAGGACUAGAUAGUCAUUCAAGCCAACAGCAGCAGCUGUGGGAUGAGAUAUCUCGUCUCUCCUCCUCACCGUCCUUCAGCAGGCUUGGAGAAUUGAAGCCAACUAACCUUGAGGAUGCUUUUGGAUCCGUCGAUCCUUCUUUGUUGUCUCAAUUGCAGGGACACUCUCAAAAGCCUUCAGCACCAACCCAUCGCCAAAACAUGAACCAGCUUCGUUCGAGUUACCCAACCAACUUGUCAUCCUCUCCGGUGAGGAAGCCCUCAUCGUUCGGGCUUGACUCACCCAGUGCUCUUGCAGCAGCCGUUAUGAAUUCCAGGUCUGCUGCAUUUGCACAACAGCGGAGCCAGAGUUUCAUUGACCGCGGAGCAAUGAACCAUCUUUCCGGGCUGAAUGCCCCAGUUAAUUCUUCCACCAUGAGGCAGUCUUCAGAUUGGGGCUCACCUGGUGGGAAAUUGGAUUGGGGAAUGCAAGGAGAUGAGCUGAACAAGCUGAAGAAGUCUGCUUCAUUCGGGUUCCGAAGCAACAAUGCCGGAACACCACCUGGCUUUAAGCCAUCGGCAGUUGACGAGCCGGAUGUCUCUUGGGUCAAUUCCCUGGUUAAAGACGUUUCUUCUGAGAGGUCCGAGCUGUAUGGUGCAGACAACAAGCAAAGGUAUCGUCGCCUCAACAAUGGGGCUCACGAAAUGCUUCCGUCAUGGGCCGAGCAGAUGUACAUAGAACAAGAGCAGAGGGCUUAAGCAACGAUCCUGUGCUCCGAGCAUCCGCCGAAGAAAUCGAUACGUCGAAGUUUUAUAUUAGUCUUCCGAUAAGAUUUAUAGUUCCUUGUAAUCUAAGCAAAGGUGGGGAAGCUAAGGCCCUUAAAUUCUGGGCAGGAGAAAGGAUAUCAAGUUUGGGCUGUAGAAUUUGGAGAAAUUAGAUAGGAGCAGAAUGCCUUGCUAUAUUUUUUUCAUUAAUAUUGUAUUUAUUUAUUUAUUUAUUUUCCCUCUCCAUUGGGAGAUGCUAAUUUCUGGUUAUCCACAGAGAUGAUAAUUGCAUCAGUGGCAGGAAUGUAUUUUUAUUCAAUCUGAUCAAGUUUUGCAACUCAUUUGGAAAAUAAAGUGUUUCUGUGUUGUAAUGUAA